GUGCAACUCCGCCCGCGUCCACCUUCAGGACAGUCUUCAGUGGAUAGCACACAGUGUUUCUCGUGUGGCGACUGUCGGCGGUGCCUCCAUCUGCGCACUAGUCCUGCGGGUAGCAUGGGCAAGAAGAAUGUCCCCCUGUUGCUGGUCAUGACUCUGUCAUUCAGCGAAUCUGGGCUUUCGUUUCUCCGCCCCCACAUCUCCUCGCUUCCACACCUGAGCCAAGGCCCCUCGGCGAAGACUUCUGUUACGAGACGGCAAGCGGCUGCCACUAUACCAGGUGGCGUGCCGAGCGGAAAGCUGGAGAGAGGAACUCCAGCGUUGAAGACAUCAGACCAGUCACCUUCUCCGAACCAAUCACCGCCGCCGCUUCCCCAAAGCGUGAACCCGACCGAAGUUACGCCAGGCGCUACUGCUGCGACAGGAGACUCCGCAACACAAGUAAAGGGGAAAGGUGCUAGUGGCACUCCGAAAACAGCGGCAGCUGGAAAGGCUACCGCUGCAUCUAAGGGGACCGUUGGGCCGUCGGUCGUGUCAGCAAAGGCGGCAGUAGAGGCGGGAACAACAGGAGGCUCGGCGGCGGCGGUGGGAGGGGCUGCUCGGGCGAAAGCCGGGGGGGCGGCUGUUGGUUCGGUAGAGGAAAAGACAGCGGUCUCUGCCAAAGAACGGGGAGAGGUAACGACAACAGACAUGCCCACCGAGGAUAAGAAGAAGGGUCUCAAGGCUGGACCGGAAACAACCGCGGCGGAGAAGGUGCUGACCCUGGUGGAGAUGGGUCUGGUAAACAAAGAGGAGGCAUCGGCCUACUACGAAGCCCUCUCCGACCUCGAGCGUACAACGCAGGAAGCGAAGGCAGCAGCCGCCGCGGCCGCCGAAAGCCAACCGUCAGCAGCCCGGCCCUCGCCCGCGUCACCGUUCUCGCCGCAAGAGGGGCCCUUGAGCCUCGUCCCGUUCCCGGCCGUCUGCGCCGCGCUCGGCGCCGCAGGCACGCACUCGCUUCACCUGGCCGGGGCACUUGGCACAGCGUUUUCUGUGUUUGGCGCGGUGGCAGGAGUUGCUCUCGGGGGUCUCGUGGUGAUCGGGGAUGACCCGCUCGGCAGAGCAGCCCGCGCCGCGGGGCUGGCGUUGGCGCGGUCGACCGGUGCUGCAGGGGGAGCGGCAGGAAAGAGCGUCUCGAAGUCUGCCGCUGGGGCUGCCGGGGCGGCGGUGGGCGCCGUAGAGGAGGCCGUCGUGAAAGCGCCGGCGAACUUUGUCGCCGGCGUGGCGAACUCGAUCUCGAGCGCGGUUUCGUCGGCGGUGGGGUCGGUUACAGCCUUGCCCGGCGCGGUGGUGACGAAGGCUGCGGACGGAGCUAAGGGGGCCCUCCGAGACACAUCGGAAGCGGUUGUGAACAUGCCCGGGGAGGUUGCACGAAAGGCGGCCCAGGCGGCAGGAGGUGCUUUGCAGAGCAGGUCGAAUGCGGCGGUGACCGCGGUGAGAGAAUCGCCCAAGAUGGCCGCGAAGCGCCUGAAAGAUGCCGUCUCUUCCCCUGGCAAGACUCUCACUGCUCUCGCCAGCGGUGCAUCGAGCUUGGUAGCGCAACAAAUCGAGAGCAGCAAAAAGAAGGCACGCCCAGCCGCGUCCGCGGCGUCAACCAAGCAAGCCCCCCAAGCAUCAACGGCAGCCACAAGCGUAGAGGAGAAACAGGAACCGGAAGGAAUACCUAUCGAUGAGCUGGAGGCAAAGAUGUCGUCUGUUAGAAGGGCCCUGGAGCGCUUCGAUACCGUCAAGAGCCGCAUUGAAGAAGCGAAUACGUCGGACACGAUGCGGAAGACAGUGAGCAUGACGCGAGGCAUGGUCAUGUCAGCCGAGAGGGAGAAAAUCGAGGAGGCGCGAGCGGCCGCUAAGAGGCAAAACGAAGGCCGAGUGAACGGUAGCAAGGAGAGCACGUCCGUCAGACCGGGUGGGGAGCUGCCCAGCGUAGCAUCGACCACCACCACAAAAUUACCAAAACCGAAACCGAUGGACCAAGACAGACGCAAACUAGUCGCGGAGAAGCUCCUGGAGAAGGCAUCCCAGAGAGCCACGGAGGCGAAGGCCGGCCUUAAGGCGGCGGCAGCGUCGUCGCGACGAGAAGCCGAGAACUUCCAAGCGGCGUCCCGAACAGCCACCCCCAUCGCUGGCGCCGACAAGAAAACUCCGCAAGAGACCGUGGCGACGCAUUAGGGCUGGCUCUCCAUGACCAUCGUGUUUUAGGAAUCAGCCCCAUGGUCCAUACCUGUACGUAUGAUAAGGCCUCGGAAGUUUUGCUUGGUGUUUCUAUUUUUGUUUAUGCAGGGCCCCGUUCUUUUGUUGCCUUGUGUUUCAUGGUUUUGGACACGCAAGACACGCGCAUUCUCGAGGUGUAUGGGGUGUUGGAGUUCUUUUUCUGGUGGGUCACAUGGAACAGGUUUCUGUUUUCUCUUGAGGCUUUUUCUGUUGGGGCGGGUUCUGGUAUGCUGGUGGCGAUGGCACAGCAAGUGAGCAGGCAGGCCCUUGGGCUGUGUUGGCGGGGUGAAUGAAGUUGACGGUAGUAAUUCAUCGAUUAUGUUUCUGAUUCGACGUGAAGGGUUUGGCGAUGCGGGGCGCACCAACGUCGUAUUGGCCACCGAUGUUGUUUUGGCCGGCAUUGGCAUUGCUGCUGGAUAUGAUCCGAGGUCGGAGGUUUGGCGUUCAUUGACAGCCUGUUUCCCGAUAAGCGCUUCGAAGCUCUCCUAAAUAUAUAUUUGGUCGGUGUAUUGUGACCGCUCAGGGCCUUGAAAGAUGGAAGCCUGUUGGAUUUGGGGCCCAAAGUAUAAAUAUGGUAUGCAGUUGUCACACGCGGGAUAGUGAUGUGGCCUAGCAGUAGAUUCAGUUAACUUUUAUGCCGUCGUGCUUUCGAAACGGUGCAACGUAAAACAUUACGUGAUGCGCGGCUGCUUACUACGUACAGCGCACAACGAGCGUGCGCGUGCGUCGGUGGGGGAGAGGCGAAGCAAUCAACGUAAAUAUUCCUCGUCUAUGUUGAGAAGGCAGCAGUCUGAAGUGUACCGCUUGGCGCGUUAAAACCGCUUCUUCCACUGGUUUAUUGCUCGCCU